AUCAUUCUAUGAAAUCCACAUAGAGAGAGAGAGAGAGAGAUGCAGAUCUUCGUGAAAACCCUAACAGGUAAGACGAUAACCUUAGAGGUAGAAUCGUCUGAUACAGUCGAUAAUGUGAAGGCGAAGAUACAAGACAAGGAAGGCAUCCCUCCCGAUCAACAGCGCCUCAUAUUCGCCGGCAAGCAGCUGGAAGAUGGCCGCACCCUUGCCGACUACAACAUCCAGAAGGAGUCCACCCUCCACCUGGUCCUCCGCCUCCGCGGCGGUGGCAAGAAGCGCAAGAAGAAAAAGAAGACUUACACGGAGCCGAAGAAGACCAAUUACAAGAGGAAGAGGCCCAAGUGUGCCCUGCUCCAGCUCUACAAGGUCGAUGAAUCAGGCAAGCUUCAGAAGCUGAGGAAGGAGUGCCCUAAUCCUGAGUGUCCACCGGGUACCUUCAUGGCCAAUCACUCUGACAGGCACUACUGUGGCAAGUGUGGCCUCUCCUAUCUUUAUCAGACAGCCGUCCCUGACUCUAACCCUACUGCGUCGUCUUGAUUUGAGACUUUCUUUCUAUAGUCUGAUUUCAAAUUGUGUUUGACAUGCCUUCAGUAGAUGAAUUUUAAUUUCGUAUUAUACAAUAUAACUCUUUGUAAUUUUGCAUAUUAUUUAACGGUUGUUUGAUAUUUCUGUUAACCAUUUGGUUUUUAAAGGAUGAAUUGAUGAUUAUAC